AAACAAAUCGUUAACUUAUCUGAAGGAUUAAUGGUAUCGAGUUCCAUCAAAAAGGUUCUUAUCUUUCUCAGUUUCUUUUCUUGUCUGGACGGCCAGUUCGAUCGGCGGAAUCGUCAACCUCCCACGCAUUUCGAGCGGUCGUCUCGUUCGCGAGACGCUCGGACGAACAGAUCGCGUUACGCAAUCGAUUCCUUUAUCUGUCGGAAUUCACCGACCUCAUAUACGAUUUCGCGCGAUCUCGCGCCGCCAGAAACGGAAUAUCGCGACGCGGCCGCGGAUGUGAAUGGUCCUCGCGACGAUCGUCAACGAAGAAAGCCGCAUCUGUAACCGCAGCGAAUAAAACCAGACCUGCAUUCGGUGGAUAACGAGUCUACGAGUGGCUGUUACAUCGACUGUAACCGAGUGUCGUUCAUCGUAGACGAGGUUGCUUACGAAGGGCCAAUUAUCGUUCCAGACUUAGACGCAAGGUUAGACAGUUGGAGAAGUGCUACUCGAAUUCGAUCUUGGGAAGAGUCGAAAGCUAGAAGAGGAUCGCAAAUGACAAGAAUUUCGAAGCAUCUUGAACAGACGACUGGAAAAUUAGAGAACUCGAACACCUUACUAGACUCGAAAGCUGAGAGAAGAGUCCUUAAAUUUUUGGAGAGAUUCAGCAUCGAAAUGUUAUCGUUUAGAAAUUUAGGACCGGUUUAAAGAAAACGUUGAAAAAUAGUUUCUUGGAUUCGAGGGUUCCUGCGAAAAUUUUGUUACGAUCGAAAUGAAUGGCAAUUUUCAGGCAGGCUCGAAAGACCGAGUUUAAAAGUUUUCUUCUCGAACACAUGGUGAGAUGAAUAUAUGGGAGAUAGAGGAAUGCGAGAACAAAGGUUGCUGCGAGUUGAAAAAGGUUCCUUGCUCGUUGUUGAAAAAAAUCUUGCUCGUUUUCUUCGGGGACGUUUGGUUGAUGAGCUUUUUUCUGGGCAUGUGGGAAAUUAUGGAACGAACUUGGGAACUCGAGUAGAAGAAGGGACACCGAGUGUAUCCUAAGCUCCCCUAAUAGGCAUUUAUAAGUCUUGUAUCUCUGUGAUAUCGCACUUCGUAAAACUUCUCGUCGAAGAAGAGCAGAGAAGGAAAUAAUAUACUCGUUAGUUCGUAAAGCGCGAGUCGAGUGAGCAAGAAAGAACGAUAAAAAUGAGUAUCGUGAACGGAGUAAAUAAUUCGAAUGGACACGUGGAUGGACAUUCGGAGAACAAGAUGGAACCAAACACCGAGGAGGAAAAAAGACGAGAAAAAAGAGGGGUCAUGUAUCAGAUAAUUAUGUCCUUGUGCGCUAAUUCCUCCGUGCUGGGUCCAUCUAUGGCCUUCGGUUACAGCGCGGUAGCGCUAGGACCACUGAUGUCGGAUACCAGCGAGGUGAAGAUCGACAAGGUUCAAGCGAAUUGGAUAGCCACCGCCACGGCACUGGGUAUUCCAUUUGGUUGCAUACUCUCCAGUUACACCAUGAGAUGCGGAAGAAAGCUGAGCCUUCUGAUAACGUCCGUCCUAUCCAUCGUUGGCUGGAUCGUCAUCUACAUGUCCGGCUCGUAUAAACAAAUCCUCGUUGGCAGAAUAAUUUCCGGACUCGCAACUGGCUCAGCUUCUGUACCUGCCACUGUUUAUAGCGCAGAAGUUGCUUCUCCGAAGUGGAGAGCGACGAUGGUCACGUGGACUAGCAUCGCUAUUGCCAUCGGAGUUUUAAUAGUAUACAUUUUUGGUUACGCAUUCAAGGACAACUGGCGAAUGGUGGCUUUGAUGUGCGCCCUGUUUCCCCUGGUCUCGGCCGUGUUAACCUUGGCGAUCGUCCCAGAAACCCCGAUCUGGUUACGAGACAGAGGUCGUCUAGACGAGGCUCUGCAGGUGUUGAAAAAGUUUCACGGUGUGCCAAAGGACGAGUCGCCACCGGCCCACGUGUACGAACAGCUGAGACAACGUCCACAAAAGAAGAAGCAGAAUCUCUUGAAACAUCUGUUAAAACGAAACGCCAUGGUACCGUUCGCCAUCAUGGUGUCUUACUUCUUCUUCCAACAAUUCUCCGGGAUCUUCGUGGUGGUUUAUUACGCCGUCAACAUCAUAGAGAACGCCGGGAUCACCUUGGAUCCGUACCUAGGAGCGGUCUUGAUAGGUCUCACCAGGUUCGUCGGAAGCGUACUGGUGGCUUGCCUGUCGGGAAGAUUCGGCAGGCGAAUUCCGUCGAUCGCCUCUGGUGCUGGAAUGACCGUCUUCAUGGGCGUACUGUCCGUUUAUCUGCUCAUCGACAGCACGGGGUACGCCAUGAAGGAUGGAGGGGUCGUGCCUGUCAUUUGCGUGCUCAUGUACAUUUUCUCGAGCACCUUGGGUUUUCUGGUAGUACCGUUCGCCAUGGUGGGCGAAGUUUAUCCGUCGAAGGUUAAGGAAGUACUGACGGGACUCACCACGUGUAUCGGAUACAUCUUCAGUUCCGUCAUGGUGAAAACUUAUCCGGACAUGGAGGUCGCAUUGGGCAGAUACGGAGUCUUCAUGUUUUUCACGAUUCUGUCGUUCCUCGGUACCUUGUUCGUUUUCUUCUUCCUGCCCGAGACAAAGGGAAAAACGUUGGCCGAAAUUGUGGACAUGUUUUCAAAAAACGGAAAAGCCGCCGAUCGGUCGGAGAGAGAGAAGAUGAUGGUCCUUAAAGACGCAUCGGCGGCUGUGUAAAAAUCCGAUAUUUCUUGGACCGAUAUUAAUUGAUACGAACAU